UCGUUGGCAGUUUAAAUUUUGACGUGUUGCCAGUAACAUCGUGAAUCGCUCGUUUUGGCCCCAAAUUAUAUUCAAGCAAUUCGUCAUAGAAAAAAUAAAAGUAUAAAAACUAAUUUGAAAAACUAUUAAGAAAAACCAGAAGAAAAAACAUGAGCGCUGUCGAUGCCAUAAUUAAUUAUAAACGCAAUCCCAACGAGGAUUUUUAUGGUUUGCUUCAUUGCGAUGAAAACUCAUCGCCCGAGCAGAUACAGGCCGAAUAUAAGGUGCUGGCCCUUCAAUAUCAUCCCGAUAAGAACAGCGGAGACAAAGAUGCAGAGGCCAAAUUUCAACAACUGAAGGAGGCCAAGGAGACCCUUUGCGAUCCAGAGAAGAGGGCCGUAUAUGACAAAUGGCGCAAUAGCGGCAUCUCGAUGAGCUACAAACAGUGGCUGGGCAUGAAGGAGCAUGUCGGUCAGGUGAGAAGAUACACAAUUGCCGAGAAAGUGGAUAAAGAGUCCAUGCAUUGGGCCACGCCCAAGACCAAGGACCGCAUGUUACCCGAGGCAGGACCCACUGGUCCGGCCGGAGCUGGCUGCAGCACUGGCGGUGGUGGCCUAACCGCUGCCUCUCCCAAUCCGGCCCAUCGUCGUGCUUCGGAGGGAGGAGCUGCUCUCUAUUAUGGCAGCCGCAAGGCCGAAUGGGGUACUGACAACACCGAUGUGGCCAAUAAGUUCCGUAAUUAUGAGAUCUAAAUUGAUCGAUUGGCCGAAAGGGGACGAAGUGUGACGGAAUUUGAUGUCUAUCGAUGUAUGUUGGAAUUAAAAAUGAGGUUUUAUCCCUAAAUUAAAGGAGCAUAUUUAUCAAUAUAUUGAUGUGAAAUUUCAAAUUAAAACCAUUACUCAUACAAGCAAGAACAAUUAUAUCAAAGUAUUCCAAACAAAUAUUAUACAUAUAUAUAUAUUAUUGAUGUGAACUUACAUAUAUAAAGCGUU